AUGGACGUCCUUGCCAGCAGCAUCAUCUACCCGAAGGCUACCAAGUUCCGUGCCGAUUCCAAGCCAGCGAAAGUGGCCAAAAAGGCGAAGAAACCCAAGACGCCCAAGGUGAAGAAGGAAACGUCCCGCAAGCGUGGCACGUCGAAGAAGAAAGUCCCCGAAGAGGAACCCAAGGUAGGCUCCCCCUUGCCGCCACCACGUCUUCGUGAGUUGGGAAUGAAUCUAAAGCUCACGAAUCAGUUCGAGAACCCCAACGCUGGCACAGUCGUCUAUGAACUUGCAAAGAACGCCAUGGGGCCCCCUUCCCCGCCUCACGACGAAGACAUACCCAUCGAAGACCUCCUGCCGCCAGACGAGGUGCGCAUCCGCGCACCCCACGACGCCGCCGUCUCGGUCCUCGACACGCCCCUUAUCAAUGCCAGCGUCAGCAAGGGGGUCUUCACCUUCCGCGUCAAGAAAGGCAAGGCAGGUGGCGCGGGGCACAACGAGUUCAUCGAGCGACUGGUGCGCACCAAGACGGAAGGGGAGUUUCACGCGGCCCUGUCGGACAGUGUCCAGGGAGCCGCCAGGGUGUGCAAGGCUGACAGGGACGCUGCGAAGGCGGCUCCGAGGCUUGCGAAGCAGAAGCGGAAAAUUGAGAGGGCUAGAAUGGCGUUGGAGAGGCUUGCGGAGCUAAACAUGGACCAAACUGAGCUGAGGAUCAAAAAAGAGGAAGAGGGAUACCAGGGCGGUGACGAGGCUGAAAUGCGAUUCUGUGAGGAUGCUGGGGUUGGGAAGGAGCUCGAGGUCGUUGAGUAA